AUGCAGCUCAGCACCCUCGUCGCCCUCUUACCGUUCCUCAUGUUCGCCUCGGCUGCACCUGCACCCCAAUUCGGGGCCGACAAAGCACCGGGUAACGGCGACUACAAGCCCCCUCCGAUCCCCGAGGCCGACAAGGACGGGACCUUUACCAUCAACAUCCUUGGUGCCGAAUUGUACGAGGCCGACCUCGGCGACAAGGUGCUCGGGUCGUUCACUGGACGUGCGCCUAUUCCUGCCACCGCUCCGGAGGUGCAGAGGCUCAAGCCCAAGGGGGGCGGCGUGUUGCCCCUUCCGGAGCAGAUAUACGGGGGUAUGUUCGCUUUGAAGACUGAUCUGACGACCGCGGUGGUUCAGUGCGCCGUCACGUCAGUCAACACGAUCGCUCCUGGAGCUGUCGUGACUUGGGACAUCAGGGACCCCGCCAAACCCACAGCCAAGGCGGAGGGUGCUGAGUUCAAAGACGCUUACUGCAAGCCUGUCAAGGUGGUUCAGGGCACCUUUGCGACCUAG